UUUCUCCCCAGGCUCUGGAAUGUCUUAACGUAGGAGCAAAGCAGCCUUUCAUAAUAGGGAAACUAUAUGACAGCAUGCUGUUUGAAGUGCUUAGAAUUUAAUCUUGUUACUAACUUUGACAGGCAUUUCUACAAUUACUUUCAAUGUGUUCAAUAGCCUUGUGGUGAAACAAUCACUGAGCUUUUGUUUGUCACAUGUGUUUACCCUUUGUCGGUAGUGGGGGGAAGAGAGGUUAUGAAGGGGACUGUUUGCCUGUUUUACCUAUUUUUAUUUCUUUUUUCCUCCAGUGCACUUGUAUGUCUUUCACGUUGCUCAUACUUGCUUUUUUAUCUCUCUUUGUUAUGUUGUGUAGUCUUGUACAAAUGGCUAGAAGCAGAUCUCCAUGGCAAGAGCUCAGAUACUGCAAACAAAGCCUCAGGAGAGAAUUUCGAUCAAAGUCCUUUAAGAAGAACCUUCAAGUCCAAGGUUUUGGCACAUUAUCCUCAGAACAUUGAGUGGAACCCCUUUGACCAGGAUGCUGUCAACAUGCUAUGUAUGCCCAAAGGGCUGUCUUUCAGGACACAGGCUGACAACAGAGAUCCACAGCUCCACUCAUUUAUAAUCACCAGAGAAGAUGGCUCUCGUACCUACGGGUUUGUGCUCACCUUCUACGAGGAGGUCACAAGCAAGCAGAUCUGCACGGCCAUGCAGACGCUGUACCAGAUGCACAAUGCUGAGCAGUACAGCAGCGUCUGCGCCUCGUCCUCAUGCAGCAUGGACUCCCUGGCCAGCAGCAUCGAUGAGGGCGAUGCCACCUCCCUCGCCAAGCUCCAGCGGUACAACUCCUACGACAUCAGCAGGGACACGCUGUACGUCUCCAAGUGCAUAUGUCUCAUCACCCCUCUGCCCUUCAUGCAAGCCUGCAAGAAGUUCCUGGUCCAGCUCUACAAGGCGGUUACCUCCCAGCAGCCGCCACCGCUGCCCCUGGAGAGCUACAUCCACAACAUACUCUAUGAGGUGCCCUUGCCGCCCCCGGGCCGGUCGCUGAAGUUUUAUGGGGUUUAUGAGCCCAUCAUCUGCCAGCGACCCGGACCCAAUGAGCUGCCACUCUCUGACUACCCGCUGCGGGAAGUCUUCGAGCUGCUGGGGCUGGAGAACCUGGUCCAGGUUUUCACCUGCGUUCUGCUGGAAAUGCAGAUCCUCCUGUACUCGCAAGAUUACCAGCGCCUGAUGACAGUUGCAGAGGGGAUCACGACGCUGCUGUUCCCAUUUCAGUGGCAGCACGUGUAUGUUCCCAUCCUUCCUGCCUCCCUCCUGCAUUUUCUGGACGCUCCGGUUCCCUACCUGAUGGGGCUGCAAUCCAAGGAGGGAACCGACCGCUCCAAGCUGGAGCUGCCACAGGAGGCAAACUUGUGCUUCGUGGACAUUGAUAACCAUUUCAUCGAGCUGCCAGAGGAAUUCCCCCAGUUUCCCAACAAGCUGGAGUUCAUCCAGGAAAUCUCCGAGGUCCUCCUGCAGUUUGGGAUCCCUCCGGAGGGCAACCUGCACUGCAGUGACAGUGCCACCAAACUCAAGAACCUGGUCCUUAGUGACUUGGUGAACGACAAAAAGAAUGGGAACAUCCCUAGCAAUGCCCUCAACAUGUACGAGCUGCUGAAAGGCAACGAAACCAUCGCCCGCCUGCAAGCUCUUGCCAAGAGGACGGGGGUGACAAUGGAGAAGAUGACCAUCACAGCUCCACUUGCAGAAAAAGAGAAGGAUAUAAAGUUGCAGUGUGAGGAAGUGGAGCUGAGGGAUUACAAACUGAACGUGCAGCUCCGUGAGGUGUUUGCCAACCGCUUCACACAACUAUUUGCAGACUACGAGGCAUUCGUCAUCCAGGCUGCCCCCGAUCUGGAGUCGUGGCUGACCAACAGGGAACAAAUGCAGAACUUCGACAAAGCUUCCUUCCUCUCGGACCAACCUGAGCCUUACCUCCCAUUCCUAUCGCACUUCAUUGAGACACAGAUGUUUGCAACCUUCAUAGACAACAAGAUAAUUUCCCAGUGGGAAGAGAAGGACCCUUUUCUGCGAGUUUUUGACUCUCGAAUUGAGAAAAUAAGGCUAUAUAAUGUAAGGGCCCCUGCACUGCGGACAUCCAAUUAUCAGAAAUGCAGCACUCUGAAGGAAGCAGCCCAGUCCAUUGAGCAGCGGCUGAUGAAGAUCGAUCACACGGCCAUCCACCCGCAUUUACUUGAUAUGAAGAUUGGCCAAGGGAAAUAUGAACAAGGAUUUUUCCCAAAGCUGCAAUCAGAUGUCUUAGCAACAGGACCUACCAAUAACAACCGCUGGGCCAGUCGCAGUGCCACCACACAGCGGAGGAAAGAUCGCCUCCGGCAGCACUCAGAACACAUCGGGCUGGACAAUGACUUGAGGGAGAAAUACAUGCAGGAGGCGAGGAGUUUAGGAAAAAAUCUGAGGCAGCCCAAACUCUCGGACCUCUCUCCGGCUGUGAUUGCUCAGACCAACUCGAAAUUUGUGGAAGGGUUGCUGAAGGAAUGUCGCAUGAAGACUAAACGUAUGCUGGUAGAGAAAAUGGGCCACGAAGCAGUUGAGCUGGGACAUGGAGAAGCCAAUAUUACAGGACUGGAGGAAAACACAUUGAUUGCUAGUCUCUGUGAUCUGCUAGAAAGAAUCUGGAGUCAUGGUCUGCAGGUCAAGCAGGGGAAAUCUGCUUUGUGGUCCCAUUUACUUCAGUACCAGGAGAGAGAAGAAAAGCAAGAACAUAGUGCAGAGUCCCCAGUUGCUGUUGGAACAGAAAGACGGAAGUCUGAUACAGGAAUUACUUUGCCUACUUUGAGGGUUUCCCUGAUACAAGAUAUGAGACAUGUUCAGAACAUGAGUGAGAUAAAGACUGAUGUGGGGCGAGCCCGAGCCUGGAUAAGGCUUUCUCUGGAGAAGAAGCUUUUGUCUCAGCAUCUGAAGCAGCUGCUUUCCAACCAGCCACUUGCCAAGAAACUUUACAAGCGUUAUGCUUUCCUACGCUGCGAGGAAGAACGGGAGCAGUUUCUGUAUCACCUUCUCUCACUCAAUGCUGUGGAUUACUUCUGCUUCACAAGCGUCUUCACCACAAUUGUGAUCCCUUACAGGGCAGUGAUAAUCCCCAUCAAAAAACUGAGCAAUGCAAUAACCACGUCCAACCCGUGGAUCUGUGUUUCGGGAGAGCUAGGAGACACGGGCGUCAUGCAGAUUCCUAAAAACCUCCUAGAAAUGACAUUUGAGUGCCAGAAUUUAGGAAAGCUGACAACUGUUCAGAUUGGUCAUGACAACUCAGGGCUGCUGGCCAAGUGGCUGGUUGAUUGUGUCAUGGUCAGAAACGAAAUAACAGGACACACAUACAAGUUUCCCUGCGGGCGAUGGUUGGGAAAGGGCGUUGACGACGGCAGCUUGGAGCGAAUCCUUAUUGGAGAGCUGGUGUCCUCCACAUCUGAUGAAGAGCUGGGAAAGCAGUGCCGUACUCCACCCCAGCAGAAGUCUCCUACCACAGCUCGGCGGCUGAGCAUCACUUCUCUCACAGGAAAGAACACCAAGCCAAACGCAGGACAGAUCCAAGAGGGAAUUGGAGAAGCUGUGAACAAUAUUGUGAAACAUUUUCACAAGCCAGAGAAAGAGAGAGGGAGCCUUACCAUUCUGUUGUGUGGGGAGAAUGGCUUGGUUGCAGCACUGGAGCAGGUCUUCCACCACGGAUUCAAAUCAGCUCGCAUUUUUCAUAAAAAUGUCUUCAUCUGGGAUUUCAUAGAGAAAGCCGUUGCCUAUUUUGAAAGCAGUGACCAGAUUGGAGACAACGAGGAGGCCCUUUUGCUUCAGAGAUCAUCAUGCAAAACUUUCUGCCAUUAUGUGAAUGCCAUCAAUACAGCUCCAAGGAACAUUGGAAAGGAUGGCAAAUUCCAAAUUCUGGUUUGCCUGGGGACAAGGGACCACUUGCUGCCCCAGUGGAUCCCCUUACUGGCAGAAUGCCCACUCAUUACAAGGAUGUAUGAGGAGAACGCCCUGCUACGGGACCGCAUGACUGUCAACUCCCUUAUCCGAGUCCUACAGACAUUGCAAGACUUCAACAUCGUCCUAGAGGGAUCGCUCAUUAAAGGAGUGGAUGUUUAGCAUGGCUUUGCUGAGAACUUCAUUAUUCCUUUCCCAAGCAAGCAAACCACAACUGGGAGACCUGUCAGGACUUGAACGCGACGGCAGCGCAUCGCUGCAAGGCACCACUGCUGGCUCCCGUGGGAGCAGGAAGCCCAGUUUGUGCUCCAUCGGGACUGUCCUCAAAGGCUGCAGAAAGCUAAGAAGCAGUAUUGUAGUUUAUUUGAAACAGAAAUUUAGUAUAAAAUAGAGUAUUUUCAUGUGUUUAGAUGUGUGUAAAUACGCUAUCUUCUUUAAGAAAUUAUAUUACUCUAAGAAAGUUUUCUUAGACUGAAUGUUCUUGUUCUGACUGUGAGUAGCUUAACCCAGGGGAGGGGCUAGGGAGGGAAGGACUGCGGUGGGAAGGGAUGCUGCUACUUGCUUGCAAGGAAGAAGCCAAUCAACGUGUAAAUACAGCGCAAACUCAGCAGGGCUUUUUUCAGGUAUUGCAAAUGAAUACAGCAAAUAUCCUUAUGUAGCCAUUGUGAUUGUCUCACUCUUGGAAAUGUUAGUGUAUGUUGUUUAUCCUGCUGUACAUGGUCUCCCUUUAUUUUUUAUUUGUUCAGAGAACCAGCCCUUUCAGUGCACAAAGUUGUGAAUUGUCUUUUUUUUUUUUCUGUAAAGGUCUUUGGUGUCACUUCUGUUGACCUCCAGAAGAGGACACAUGAGCUUGAAAUGCUUAAACACUGGAGAUGAGAGAUGCUGAGCCUUGGAGCCUGAGACCUGAGGAAGUGGUACUGGAGAUGGGAAACGAUGGCUUGCUGGCUUGCUUGCUGUGUUCCUUGUCUCUCUGUAUGUUCUGGUAGUUCCCCACUACCCCCAGCCAGCUUGUGUUGUGGAUGGCUUUUCUUCUUUCCCCCUCUCAUCUAUAGGAAUUUGGCUCCUACCAAAUUCUUGCUGUACUUGAGAGAAUCAUUGCUGCAGACACCAAUGUUGCUGUGAUACUGAGCUGGUCUUGAAAUGCUGACAGGUUACUAGUCUUCCUUUAUCCCACAGGAUGAGUGUUCCUAGAACUACAGGACCUUUGAUUAUUUUGGUGGUUUUGUUUGUUUAAUUAUCCAGGUACAAAAAAAAAAAAGGGAAUGAUGUGAAAGGAGAAAAAAGCUGGUGUUUUGAGGAUCUCCUACAUUCUUUCCAGUUAAUGUGUUAGUAAUACAGUAUGUUUGUGUAGCUAUGAUCUUGAAGAGGAACGAGGAGCAACUGAAGUCUGCAAAGCUAAAAAUUUAGCAACAAAUUGCAUUUAAAAUUAUCAGAUGCCAUGCAGCAAAUACAGAGUGUAUUUCCUUGUUUGUAGUUUGGGAGUUGUGAGGGUCUGAGGGUACCGUUAACUUCAUCUAGUUCCAGUUGUGCAGGUUAGUUUAAAUAUAAAUGUCUGCUGUAACUUGUUUAUUCCCUUUGAUCUUGGUGUUUUGUGAGAGGAUUUCCUGGAUGUCUCACAGCUGGAGCCAUAAGCUGAGGCUUGGGGAAGCCCUGAGUGGUACUGUAACAGUCUGGCACUUUGUUCGCUGGCAGCAUUAGGAGGGGCUUUGGAAUGAUGGGCAGCAUCACAUCUCAGCAUGGUGCACAUAUGGUGGAGCAAGGGCAGAGAGCUAAGGAAAGGGAAUGAAGAUGAAAACUAGGGUCUGCUCCCUCACCUACUUCUUGUUCAAGCUGCUUCCCUUUCCUGUGGUCCUUCGACUGUCCAGUUCUUAGAUCAGCACGCAUUCUGGUUUGAAGGUUUGCGUCACGUUCCUGGCCAGAAGGAAACUCUUCAUGUGUCUCCAUUUCAAUAGAAGGGAGAGUUUUACGUUACAGAAUGGUUUUGGUUGGUUUUGGUUUUGGUUUUUAAGAAAGUAGAAGGUCAGGAAGUCACUGACUGUAACGGGAGUUCCAGCUUUUAAUUACUGUUCCUUCCUCCUGUGCUUGUACUUUCUUAAACUAACUGAACUCAUCGCAGACACUGUAGGCAGCGCUGCUGUGUCACCACUGUGGGUGGUGAGCAACUAAUGUUAGGGCUGUGAGUGGUGGUGUGUGUUGGCAGCCAGAGCCCACGGCUCUGUGACAUCUCUCUUACAUUUCCAGGAGGGUGAAAUUCAGGGUGUGAGGGUUUUCUGAGCGGCCAGACAAGUCUGCUUAAAGUUCACAGAAAAUCUGUGACAGCUCUAUAGCAGCAAUUGAAAAUGUGUUCCUCUACCAGUAAAUGAUACAUUUAGCACCAGAAGCUGCGUGGCAGAAUUAUUUAGUAAUGACUGCUUAGGCAAUGUUUUGGUUUCUCAUACAACUCAGGCAUUUUAUGUCUAAUGACUGCUAUAUAUGACUUUUUCAUGUGCAGCCCAGCCUAAGUGGCUUUCAUUUAACUGAAAUAACAACUUCUUUAGUCCUUGGAUUUCUUUGCAGCAGCAUCUGCAUUUUCUAGCUGGAUACUUCUAAAAAGUGUAUUGCUGUGUGGCUCUCAGAUUAGUAUUUAUUUAUGACUUAAGCAGUCAUGACAUUCACCCAACAUGACGUGGGUUACGUGCGAGCAGGAUAAAGUAGAAACACAGGCACCUCUAAAGGUCAGGGAUGGGUGAAUGUACACUCCAAAAAGGGCAGUAAGAUGAAGUAUUUCUUAAGUUAAAAUGAGUCAAAACCUGAGACAUUUGAAUAUUCAAAACUGGGACUUUCCCUAUUUCAAACUACAUUAAGGAACCUUUAGCACUUAUCGAACACAGUUUCACAUCUUCUUUUUUAGCGAGCGUUGACUUGUUUUAUGUCAAGUUUCACAUCAGAUUAAUAAUAUGAUAAAAAUGAUGUCUGUCUAAUAGUUCUUCGUAGGCAAUAAAGCACCCUAAGAUCUGGGGUGCAGCAGAGUGUCCCUGCUUCUCAGAUGGGACAUUUGACAACCUUGGGAUUACUAUUCUUUGUAGGGACUUUUUAUUCUUUCAUGUAUGAUUUUUUUUUUUUUUUUGUAGACUACCUUUGCUGGAAACUGUGAGGUUUUCUCUUUAAGGUUUACAGAAAUCGUUCUGCCUGCUAGAGCAAGAAACCUAUCAGGAUCCUUCUAAGCUAACGCAGUUCUUACUUCAGUGUUAAAGCACCUUCAUUGGUUGAGAAAGGGAAUCUGGGAGAAGACCAAAGCUCCGUGGUAUCUGCUUUUAAAAAACAAUUCCUACCCAAUACCUGUUUGCAGAUGUCUGAGUUUGCAUAGUCCUGUUAUUAUCCUCACAUCCGGCAUGGUGACUGGGAAGUCAGAGAAUCCAACACCUCACUGUGUACAAAACCUGUAUUUAUAAUUCUCUGAAGCGAAUGCGAUUCUACUGUCUAGUGACAAAACUGCUCAUGUUUAUUCUGAGUUGGCAUGUGUAAUUAGGAAUCAUUGUUCAAAGCUGUCUUUUUAGAAUAGUUGUGCAAAGGCAUAUUUGAGAAAAUUCCUUCUUUCAAUCAAAUGAAGGUGUGCAUCUUACGGGGAAAUAUUGUGUGUUACACUUGAAAUGUACAGAUGUGCCCUGUAUGGCUUCAGAUGACCCUUUGGUGUCUCCAUUAAGUAUAUUUUGUCUUUACAUUAUUACUAACUGAAUAAGAACUGGAUUAUUUUCAAGACAACAUUAGUAGAAGUAUUGUUCUAUCAAGCACUUUAACAUACAUAUCACAAACUGACAUGGGUUUUUCAGGUUUUGAAGUACAUUGAAAUACAGCUUUUCAUGCUAUGUCCUUUACAAAUAAAACUGUGAGAAUAA